GGCCGUUAGGCGCGCCUGCGCAGGCUCUUUGGGAGUCGCCUCCAGGCGCGCAGAUCUCCCGGCAUCCUCGGCGCCACUUUCCCGCCAGGACCAAGCCGAAGCGGUUUUCUCCGAGUCCCGAGCCGUGACUACCGGUUUUGACGCCUCCUUCCGCCAUGCAGCGUGAGUCCGGGAAGAAGAAGCCGGAAAAGGGGGAGAAGCUGUUUGACCCCGUGUCGUUCGGGAAGGACCUGCUGGCCGGCGGCGUGGCGGCGGCCGUGUCCAAGACGGCGGUGGCGCCCAUCGAGCGGGUGAAGCUGCUGCUGCAGGUGCAGGCGUCGUCCAAGCAGAUCAGCCCCGAGGCGCGCUACAAGGGGAUGGUGGACUGCCUGGUGCGGAUUCCGCGUGAGCAGGGUUUCUUCAGUUAUUGGCGUGGCAAUUUGGCAAAUGUUAUCAGGUAUUUUCCCACACAAGCUCUAAAUUUUGCUUUCAAGGACAAAUACAAACAACUUUUCAUGUCGGGAGUUAAUAAAGAAAAACAGUUCUGGAGGUGGUUUUUGGCAAAUCUGGCUUCUGGCGGAGCUGCUGGAGCAACAUCCUUAUGUGUAGUAUACCCACUGGAUUUUGCCCGAACCCGUUUAGGUGUUGACAUUGGAAAAGGUCCUGAAGAGAGACAGUUCAAGGGCUUAGGUGAUUGUAUUAUGAAAAUAGCAAAAUCAGAUGGAAUUAUUGGCUUAUACCAAGGAUUUGGUGUUUCAGUUCAGGGCAUUAUUGUGUACCGAGCCUCUUACUUUGGAGCUUAUGACACAGUCAAGGGCUUGUUACCAAAACCAAAGGAAACCCCAUUUCUUGUCUCCUUUAUCAUUGCUCAAAUUGUGACUACAUGUUCUGGAAUACUCUCUUAUCCCUUUGACACAGUUAGAAGACGUAUGAUGAUGCAGAGCGGUGAGUCUGAACGGCAAUAUAAAGGAACCUUAGACUGCUUUAUGAAAAUAUACCAGCAUGAGGGAAUUGCUGCAUUUUUUCGUGGUGCCUUCUCCAACAUCCUUCGUGGUACAGGGGGUGCUUUGGUGUUGGUGUUAUAUGACAAAUUUAAAGAAUUUCUUAAUAUUGAUAUUGGAAGUAGUUCAUCAGGAGUUUGAAAAAAAUACAUGCAUUUAGGCAUACAGAUCACAGCUAUAUGAUAGUGUAUUUUGAUAGUGUAUUAUUACUGUCAGUAUUUCUUACAGUGCUAGUUCUAUAACAAAGCAUAAGCUUUUCAAGGAUUUACAUAUUAAAAAUCAGAUAAAUGUGAAUGUCCCUUCCACUUGCUCUCAAACUCAACUCAGUGAGAUUUUACUUUUAUGUAGUUAGUAUAAGUUGCUUCUGUUAAUUUAAAAUUCUUUUCUUACAUGUAUGAUAAAAUUAAAUUAUA